AAUUCUGGUCACAGGGGAGCAGCAUCCACAGAGUACUUUUUGAAGGCAGGUUAUGCUGUUAUCUUUCUAUAUCGAAGGGGUACUUGCCAGCCAUAUUGCAGAUCACUUCCCGCUGAUCCUUUGCUUGAAUGUUUUGAAUAUACGGAUGACUCAAAUAUUAACGUGUGCCAGUCACAUUCGGAAGCAGUGAGGAAUGCCAUCACUCGAAGUCAUGCCGCAGUAGCAGGAGGCCUCUUGUUAAAACUUCCCUUCACAACCAUAUUUGAGUAUCUUCAGAUGUUGCAGAUGAUUGCUUUUUCAAUAAGAAGUCUCGGGCCACAUGCAAUUCUUUACCUUGCAGCUGCACUGUCUGACUUUUAUGUUCCUUGGAAAAGCAUGGCAGAACACAAAAUUCAGUCAGGAUCUGGUCCGUUGGACAUGCGACUUGUUCAGGUGCCAAAGAUGCUAUUAGUGCUGAGGAAAGACUGGGCACCAAUGGCCUUCUGUAUAUCAUUUAAGCUAGAGACGGAUUCGAAGAUUCUUUUGGAGAAGGCUGAUAUGGCUCUUAAGAAGUACAAGGUACAUAUGAUUGUAGCAAAUGAGCUUUCAACCCGCAAGGAAGAGGUUGUAGUUGUCAGACGCAAUGAAAAGAUAUCAGUUCGCCGAAACCAGUCCCUGGGCGUUGAUGAUGUGGAGAAACCACUUAUUGACCUUAUCGUGGGAAGACAUUCGGCUUAUCUCGAGAAUCCUGAUUUAUGAUGAGUAUGCUUGAUUUCAUCCGACAGCGGACCAGUGCAACAAACAGUUCCUAUUCUGUUCAAGGUAGCAAUAUUUGGUUGGCUUUCACCCAAACUUUCGUUUGCCUAUCGUAGAAUGUAGCUGUUUUAUGUCAGCGUAGUACGUUCGAGCAAAAGAUUGCAGAACAAUUUUGCUCUUGAAAGCAAUCAUAUUACUUGUACUUACUUUUGAUGCAGAGACCUUCUGGUGAACUUUUGAAAGAUGUAUUUGAAGCAUAUCAACACAGGUGCACGAGAACGGAUGCACUGAUAUAAUUAAAUGGGAUUUUUUUCA